AUGGGGGACCUUCCACCUGAGGCUGAUGGAGACAUUGGAGAGUCUCGAGUAAAGCAACUCGAUCUUAUCAAAGUUCUGGUCCAGAAGAUCAGCGUUGCAGUAAAAGCUAGUUGUUACUGGGAGGCUCUUUCGACAUCCCGCGUCCUGGAGGAUUGUUUGCUCACUUAUUAUCAUGUCCAAUUCGCAAAGGCCCUUCUCGAUCGCCUCAACGUUGCAUUAUUCCCGCUAUCCACUGCGGCCGCCGCCCCCUUCGGUCAGUUCAUCCGAAGAUUUCGAAGUGGCUGGAGCUGGUUGGCCGCAGAGGCGCUGAAGGUCGGUCCAUUUCACCGUUGGACACCAACGAGAGGGGGACGAAAGGGGGCGGCACUGUGCGCCCAGAUCACCUGCGGGCUUCGCGAUUACGGUAAGGACAAGUCGCCUGCGUUGCCUGCAUCUGCCUGCAAGUGCGGCGAUGGCCUCGUUUGGGAGUUCUGCCAAUGA